GAGCCAUAGGGCCUGCCCCUUCUGGCUCCGGGGCUAGAAAAGAGAGUCGAUGCCGGCAGCAGUGAUGAGUCUUGGGAGGUACUGGCUGCUCGGCGGUUCCGAGGAGCGGCUGCUGCUGGUGGUCUUUCUGCAGAUGUAUUGCCGUCACUGAACACUGGCCCAUUGGAAAGCACUAGAGAAGCUCAGCCAUCAGUAUGUCCAAGUACAAACUGAUUAUGUUAAGACAUGGAGAGGGUGCUUGGAAUAAAGAGAACCGUUUUUGUAGCUGGGUGGAUCAGAAACUUAACAGUGAAGGAAUGGAAGAAGCUCGGAACUGUGGGAAGCAACUCAAAGCGCUAAACUUUGAGUUUGAUCUUGUGUUCACAUCCGUCCUGAACCGAUCCAUCCACACAGCCUGGCUGAUCCUGGAAGAGCUGGGGCAGGAGUGGGUUCCCGUGGAAAGCUCCUGGCGUCUCAAUGAGCGUCACUAUGGAGCCUUGAUCGGUCUCAACAGGGAGCAAAUGGCUUUGAAUCACGGCGAGGAGCAAGUGAGGCUGUGGAGAAGGAGCUACAGUGUGACCCCACCGCCCAUAGAGGAGUCCCAUCCUUACUACCACGAGAUCUACAACGACCGGAGAUAUAAAGUGUGCGACAUUCCUUUGGAUCAGCUGCCACGAUCCGAGAGCUUAAAGGAUGUUCUGGAGAGACUCCUUCCUUAUUGGAAUGAAAGGAUUGCUCCUGAAGUAUUAAGUGGUAAAACCAUUCUGAUAUCUGCUCAUGGAAAUAGCAGCCGGGCACUCCUGAAACAUCUGGAAGGUAUCUCAGAUGAAGACAUUAUCAACAUUACUCUUCCUACUGGAGUCCCCAUUCUCCUGGAACUGGACGAGAACCUGCAUGCCGUUGGACCUCACCAGUUCCUGGGCAACCAAGAGGCUAUCCAAGCAGCCAUUAAGAAAGUAGAGGAUCAAGGAAAAGUGAAACGCGCUGACAAAUAAAAUCUUUCCCACGUGCUAGCUAGGGAUAGCUGCAGAAGGAGUGGUAUGCGGUGUGUUGUGGGUGCUGAUCUCGCUUUUUUUUUUUUUUCUCUCCCCCGCUGAUUUUUCCUGAUUUUCCCAGAUCUAGGCUGUGGGGUAGAGUUUGUAUAAGUAACUAGGUAACUUAUGUUGGCCCAGAUAAAGGCUUUAGGAUGCCUGAGUGCUAAUGUCAUAAGCCUUAUGCGUUAGCCCCUGCUGGCCCCGUUUGAAUUAGUCACUAAGUUAGUCACCAGUGGGGCUUAAUCAAUGUCAUAAGUUUCCGAGAUGGGGGAGCAACAAGUGGAGGUCAAGUUCAAGGUAUUCCUCAUUCAAUAAAUCAGUAUAGAGUGACCACUGACAGGCACUACUUACUCCAAUAAGUAGUUCACAUUUAUAUUUACUGAGACUUUCUAGGAUGAUAAUAAAGGGCAUUAGAUAACACACUAUACUUAAGUAUUUAUUACUAGUCUUUUCCUCUAGGGAAAGGGAUGCUUUGAUAGGUUAAGACUAGAGGCCCAUUAAAUGGGAGAGUCACGGAUGGAUUCCUCCAGGACAGCCAACAACAAACACCAAGGCCCUUUGCCUCAUGACAUUUGGUGGAAUUCCUCUCUGGCUGCUAGAAUUAGCAGCAUAUAGACAGCUAUAGCUGUUCGUGUUCUCUUUUUGUUUUAUUUUUGCUUUUUAAACUUUAAUUUUGGGGUCUUUAAAAUUAAUUUAAAAAUAAGUUCUGUGACUGAAAAUGGUACCAUCCCAAGAAUUUCCAUAUGAUUCAUAAAUAUUAAGUAUAGGCUGCUGAAUUAUUCUCUGCUCUUAUCUUCCUAUAACACAAAGAGUUGUACUUAUUUCAACACAUAGACAUGCCUAAUUCUCUAAAAAUUGAAGGUCGGGUCAGGGGAAGGUAGAAUAUAGUGGGUGUAAUUUUAUUCACUUGAACAAGGGAAAUGGUAUAUUCGCACUUGUCACAUACAUUUGUUCUUUAUCUGCUGAGGGCAAAACAUUAUGGUACGUAGUCUAUAGUAUUCAGGGUAGGCCACAGACAGAAUUGACUGCUUAUCAAUCUUAAUGAUAUAGAAUGUUUUUAGAUGCUGGAGAUAGGUAAGUGAUCAUUUCUUUAAGCUACUGCCUUAUUUCAGAGCAAGUGACAUAUAUUUCAGUGAUAAAGUCAUGUAAACAAUUUACAACUAUAAAAGCUGUUACAGAUAUCACCAGUUUUUCAUGGUUUUCCAUUGGUGGAUUGGUUUAUUUGUAUCCAUUUUAUAGUAAAACUGUCAUUAGAAGGAAACUAAUUCUAAAACCCUUGCUACUGCUUGGUCUCUACUGAUCCUUAAAUCAAGACUUAGAGCAUCAGCUGAUGAAGAUGGCUGAAAAGAAGAAAUGAACCUGGUUUGCUCACAGCUGGCUGCAUCUGUGACGCAUAAGGACAUGGAAUGUGGAUGCUUGACGUUCCUGACCAGCUACUGGCUUUUCUGCCAUAGUCCUUCUUUUCACAGUUCUGUUGCCUAACCAAAUAACACUGUUUAUAAUUCAGAGAUCAAGAAUACAACUACCAGAUCUUCCUAGAAUUCCAAACCUAUGGCUAAGCUUCAACUCAGACCAUUUUUGAACAGCUUCAUCUCUGGAAUUGGCGUCUGAAUUUUCCAGCCCAAGAAGUGACCAUGUCUUAACACAGCUCAAGAGCCUAGAGCUGGAUUCUUCCCUUGUCCUGCAUCUAGAUAUCCACCUCCAGUGGACACCUGGCAGCAUGAUGUGCUCCUGCACACAGAGCUGUGCUCACACCCAGUCACUUUGGAAUCUUACAGACUUCCUAAGAGAGGGAUCAUUUUUGCUGACACUUUCUGGUACAAUUUGGUUUUUGAGAUCUUGGCCGAAAUAAAUGAAGAGAUAUUUAUGAAAACUUGAUGUAAAAUUAUUUUUAACGACUCCAGCACUUCAACCUUGAGACCACCUAGUGAAUCUGUUUUCUUUGCAUGGCUUACAAGGGAUCCAGAAUUUUUGAAGUAGGUAUCUUGAAAUCUGCCUAACCUCCAUCCUCAUCUUGGCAUCCUUCUGUACCACGUCAAGCUAGGACCAAAAAAUGGGGAUUUUUUUUAAUUUAAAAAAUGAUAGACAGCUUAUCCAGAAAUUUGGUCCUUGGAGAGGGCAGCCCAUCCUGCUGCCAGGUUGGGCUUGCCCUGGAGCCAGUUAGACAUGUGUCUUUUGCCCAGGCUGUAAUGAUUGUUUCAUGCAGGUCCAGUGUGGUGAGAUAAAGAGCCAUAGCAAGAUGCUACUCCUAGAGUUUUAAUUUUUAAAUAUCUCAGAUGAGUAGUGUAUCCCAGUACACUCAGACUUUGUUUUUCUGAAAGAACAGAAAUUCUGCCUCAGAAAAUGGAAGUUCUUGCAUCAUCCAGUACUAAUUUGAGCACUGAAUUAACAAAGCAUCUUCGGUUAGAGUACAUAAUGUCGUGUAUGUUUCCUUGGUAAGAUGUACGAGGCAAAUUUCUUAACAUGAUCUGGCUAUUUCCAAGCUCAGCCAGAUUCUUUUGCUCCAAGUUUGCAGACUAUUUCUCAUCUUGGGUCAUGACCACUUUUAUUAAAAUGCAGUCCCUCCAUGUGCACAUUAAUGGCAGUGGUUAUUUGUCUUCUGGCCUGGGAAGCCUCCCCAGGCUCUAUAGGUUUGUUGUGAAAAUGCUUUCUUUUGGUUAGUGUGUGAGCUGGUUAAAGCCAAUCCCCAUCGGACAGCAGUUGGCCAACUUGGUGGCCAGAAGCAGAAAUCCUCCUGAUCAUGAUGACAGUCUCAGGAAAGAGAAGUCAGAGGUCAUGUACAUUUCCCCCCAUUCCUACUAUGUAGUUAUAGUUUUUCAUUCUUCUAGCUGCUUUGUGUUUAUGACAAAAUGAGGUAGGGGAACCAGCUUUACUAGACAGAAGAUUCAUCAUCCCCAGCGUCAGUUUUAAUUAUUUUUAUGCUUUUACAUAAAGUGGCAAGCCUCUUUUCAAAGUUCAGCUUUCCUCUUACCUGGAAAGUCUUUCAUAUGUUCAAAUUGCCUCAACAUUGCAGACCCUGACCGUUUCUCCUGUUUUUGUCUUCUGCAUGGUUGGAUUUUGCAAGUUUGGGGCUCACUUAUGUAACACUAUUCGUUGUAUCAAAUCAUCCCUGGGCUCUCAGAAGAUCUGGCUGUGGCAGAUGCCAUGUUAUGCUAUAGCCUGAUGGUUUCCACAUCGGUCUGUGAGGGGACUUUGAUCCCAAGGGGAAUGUGAAACAUCCAUACUAUAAGAAUAUUUUAAUCAUACAAUCUCCCUCUAGUGACAAAGCUAUUUGGCAAAAUGAUAGGCAGAAUUUAAGUCAAUCUUUUUCCACAAUUGGUGAAGUUUUAUUUAUUGGAGGAUAAUCUAGCUAUGUAGACUAGCCUUUAAGACACGGAACUUAAGUCCAAAAAAAAUGAAAGUUCCUUAGACAAUUUUUUAAAGAUAAGCUAGAUUGUCAUCAGUACUUCCUGUUUUCACAUAAUAGAGCCACAUCUUAUUUGCCGUUUAUUUGAGUUGGGGCUAGCCAUUUAAGCUUAUGCUUACUCUGACAGGAAUAUAUUUUUAAAAAUCUUUUUAUUAUAAAAAAUUUUAAACAUCCACAAGAGCUGAGAGUAUAAAUAACACAAAGAACACUCACCAAUCAGCCACUACCACCUCAUUAACCAGUAUGUGUAUCUUCUCACACUGUCCACUGGAUUGCUUUGAAACAAAUGCCAAACAUCAAACAGGAUAAAUUUUGAAAAGGAAAACACCUCAAAUAGUCUUCAACCAAUUAAAGCAGAAGCCACAGUAAUCUGUUCUAAAUUUGUCCUCUUUGGUCCUCUCAAGAAACAGCCAUUGCUAAGUUGUCCAAUUCGAGUCCUAUAUAUAGGUGCAUUAUCUCUUGUUGCUGUUUAAAGAGCUGUUAGUCUGCUCUGUGUGACUUCUGCGGGAUAAUUUGGGAUGAUAUGGUACCGCUGAUGUUAAAUUCAAGUGUUUAAAGAUGAAAAUGUUCCGGAGAGUGUUUUUAGGAUGUAAUUCUGAAUCUCAUAGAUUUAAAAAAUUGAGCAAAUUUGUUGAUGUUAUUGUAAAUUAGGUUAUUCACAAUGGGAGAAGGGAGAUAGAAAGUGGAGGAAGAUAAAGAAGACCCCCCCGUGUUACUAGUUUUGAGCUGGAGAUACCUGUAGGAAUGUGUGUGCAUUUUCCUCUCUCUUUCUUCCCAACGCCACCCCACCUUUCCCCCAACCCCCAACCCCAGCUCUGGCUCUGUGCUCUGAAAGGGCCUAGAAGCCAUGACCUAGUAAUAAUGAGCACAUGUAGUUCCUUUGAUCUUGUUUUCUAAAUACUGUUCCACAGACCCAGGCAUGUUUGGGAAAAUCGUUGAUUCCAGGUUGGAGGCAGAUAAAGUAUAAGGUGAGCUUAGAACAUCUUGAGUCAGAAAAGAAAAAAAUGCCCAAAGACUGGUGGGACACAGAAAUUGGCUUCAAAUGCCAAAUCUGGGACCGUUUGAGAUGAAAGAAAAGAAUAACAAUAAUGGGUUAUAGAACAUUUGUCUCAGUCUGUUCAGGCUGUUGUGACAAAACAACCACAGACUGGGUGGCUUAAGUAACAAACAUUUCUCACAGUUCUGGAGGCUGGGAAGUCCAAGAUCCAGGCACUGGCAGAUUUAGCGUUUGAUAAGGACCCUCUUUCUGGUGCUCAGAAAGACUCCUUCUUGCUGUGUCCUCACGUGGUAGAGAGGGAGGGGGCUCUGGUCACUUCCUCUUAUAAGGACACUGUUCUCAUCAUGAAGGAUCCACCCUCACGACCUCAUCUAAAUCUGCGCACCUGCCAAAGACCCCACCUCCAAAUACCAUCACACCGGGGAUUAGGGUUUUAAGAUUUGAACCUUAAUUCGAUAUUUUAAUUAAAAGUUAUAGAGGAUAUUUUGGGGGCCUGAAAAAUUUAAGGGUGAGGUGUCAUUAUGUCUGCAGCUCACAUUAAAAUGUUUGAGCCAACACAAUUGCUCCUAUAUAUUUCAAGAGAUGCAGAAAGCAAAUAUAGUAAAUGUUAUAAUUGAUGAGGAAAGAGUUAAUAAUGUACUAUUCUUCCAGCUUUUCUGUAGG